AUGGCUAGCCGGCUGAAGUCCCUCCUGUGCAAUGUGGGGAAGUUUCCGUGCGACCCUGAUUGCUUAUCAACUGAGACAUGUGAAAAUGGAGGCAUCAAUUUCUGUGACGCCGUAUUAAACGGGAUAAAACCUUUAGACGAAUGUUUUACCACAAGUAGCUCUGACCAUGGGUACAAGUACCAAGACAGCUCUGACAUUUCCAAAUAUUAUUUUGAUGGGUGCAUUAAGAAAGAAGGUUUGGUGUACAAAUUGGAGCCGAGCAAUCUUAGCGCAAGGAAUCUGUGUCCUGCAUUGGUAGGAGACAGAACAGACUAUCAUCCUAACGGGCAGGAACAGGCCUCAAACAGUGUUAUUGAUUUAGAAGACGAAGUCCUCAUUGGGAAUUUCCCCUUUGGUUGUUUAAGAGAGGUUGCUCAGCGAUCCCUGAACAGCUUGGAAAAUGCAAACUCCCGCUUCAUUAUCACAGAUCGUAAUUUGAGGAUCACUCGGAAGGAUACAGACCUAACGGGGCAUAACGUAAGAAUCGGGGGAAAGCAGUCUAGCCACUUGUACAGCGAAAUAGGCAAGCCAGAUGCGGCUGUGCGUGAGCAUUCGGUGAGCGACGGGGAGGAGGAACAGAACGAAGAAGCUGGUGAGGGGGAACACAAUGACGCUGGGGGGGGAGACGUAGGACAUGUAAUCUUUCCCCAAAAUUCUGAUGCGACAGACGGGGCGCACGAUGCGAUAGGAGAGACGGGCGAAAUGGACGAGAUGAACCCCGCGAAAAAAUCCACCUCUUAUGUAAAAAAAAAAAGUAGUAAUAAUCAUCCCAAGAAAAAAAAGGAAAGUGAGGAAAGGCGGGGCACACAUUUGCGCUCCAUGUUUGCGUUUUUCGCCAGAGCGGAGCCCGCUGUGUCCAAUUCGUCUCGUUCCUGCAGGGACAAGGUCUCCGACGCGUCCUCCGAGUUCCUGUCCGUGAUUAGCAGUGCGAAGUCGAAUGUGUGA